GUCACCUGCUGCUCCAUAAAUAGCUCCCGAAAGAGGAAUGAAGCUCCUCAGCUCGUCCGGCUCAUUCACGGGUCCGGCGAGGACUCCCGCCUCGCGGCGUCCAGUAGAGCAGAUUCGGCAUUGCGUGUUUCCUCAUAAACAAGUGAUGACUCACGGAGCAGACUGCAGCCGUGGGUUGUCAGCAGACCUAAAUUCACCCCCCUGUACGGAAAGUUAGAACCCAGUGAAUCAGAGCAGUCAGGAUUUACUCAGUUUCUCAGUUUUAAUAACAUUUGGCUGGUGUCAUUUCUUAAACUACAUGAGAUACAAAGCCAGAGAUCCAAAAUGGGAGGCAAGCUCAGCAAAAAGAAGAAGGGAUACAGUGUAAAUGAUGACAAGGCCAAAGACAAGGAUGCGAAAGCAGAGGGGGCCUCUGCUGAGGAGAGCGAAGCACCGAAAGACAACAAAGACGAGGCUCAGGCUGCCACUGACGCAAAGGAGGUAGCAAACGACACAGCGGCCAAGGAGGCGCCAGCAGCAGACGCUGCGGCGCCCAAAGACGAGGAAAAGAAUGCGGCCCCCGCCACAAAGGAGCCCGAGAAGCCUGCCGCCAAUGCCGAGCCGAAAACAGAGGCGCCAAAGAGCGCAGAGCCCGCCAAGGCCGAGGAGAAACCAGCCGCCUCUGCCCCGGCCAAAGAAUCAGCCCCUGCCGCCAAGGAGCCCGAGGCCAAGGCUGCAGCGCCCGCCCCGGCGACUGAGAGCAAAGAUGAGGCCGACGCCAAAAAGACUGAGGCCCCCGCGGCACCAGCAGCCAAAGCCGAGGCGGUCCCCGCUGCCUCCCCUGACCCCAAGCCCACAGAGGCGGCGGCGGCGGCUCCCGCGCCGGCAAAGGAGGCCGCUGCUGCACCUAGUUCAACACCAGCCGCCGAACCUCCCGCCAAGGAGGCGAACGCCACAGAGGCGCCAAGCAAGGAUCAAACCGUAGCAGUUCAAGAUUAAUGGACAGCUUCUUUUCGGAAAUGAAAAAAUAAAGUACCUAACUCAACGAUGACGAAGAUAAAAAAAAUGAAAAUGAAAUUAACUAGCCCACCCAUAUUAUGAUAAUAACAAUAAUAAUAAUAAUUGUAAUGAUGAUGAUUUAGUGAAUGAGGAGAACUGGAGCAACCACCUGGAGAAGUUUCCCACCGCUGCAGAUGAUUAUUGCUAUUAUUAUUGUUAUGUUUUAUUCUAUUUUUUUCUGCUGUAGUAUUUGAACUUUGAUACGAGUCUGUGUCGGUCAUACGCUUCACCAUCCCACAUCCAUCAUCCCUCUCCCUCAUAUGGUCAAGAGGUUUAACCUGACUCCCACCUGGGCCCACAGAAGUUCUGUGUUCAUACAUUCACCUGUGGACGUCAGAAGAUCAAAAUUUGGGGAAGUGGUUCUGAGGGACGGAGGAGGAGGGUUUAAGAAGUCACCUUACCAGCUGGACUCCCACUGAAUCCGUCCAGUCUUCAGCUCGCCCCCUUUCACUCAUCCUCCUCUUCAGAGUGUCGUGUUCUCGGCUUUGGCCUGGUACCUCUAGUUUUCUGGUGCCGUGGAGUUGUGGUUGUGUCCUUUUUUUUAACCCGUCCUCCCCCUGGCUUUUGGGUAUUGUUGGGUUGCGUCGCUACCCAUUUUCCUCUUGGGGGUUAAACACCACUUUUUCCUGAGCGGCAGAAACCGAACUUCUAAAAAGGAGCUUACAUUUAUUGUGAGGACUGAGAAUGUUCAGGCUUUCUAAGACAUUUUGGAGGUUGAAAAAAGCUGGCUUUGCAGAGCAAAACACAUUCUUAGACGUAUAAAACAGUCAUAGGAAUUUUUCAAAUAAGGUUCUAGAUUUUGUACUGAAACCCUUAGGUAUAUUGUAAGUGAACUAAGUGGUUUUUUAACAUUUGUAAUACACGUAUAAAAUCUGCAAAGCCUCGCUGAAAAGAUGUCAACAGUGUUUUUAGAAAGAUGAAAAUCUCUGAUCCUACAUCCAAAUCUGAAGACAAAUUAUUACAGAUUAUAAGAUUUGUUUUUAAAAGACAUAUCUACUGCUGACCCGGGUGAAAUGGGCUUUACAGUCCUGACACAGAGAUAGUUUGAACUGGAAAACCAAGAAGGCGACGUUCACUGCAACAGGAGAGUUCAGAUAGCGUUGGUUCAGUUGGGUCUGUCAAAAGAAAAUAUAGUAUUGGCUCUCAAAGUCGUUCCUGUGACUGUCUACAGUUUCUGGAAUGUGUAAAAUUUGUAAAAGUGACAAAACCACCAAAAACGAUUUACUUUUUGAAACAGUCCUACAUUCUACUUAAGUGAAGGAUUGGCAGCACAAUACACUUAAAAUCGACCCCAAAAAAGCCAAUUUGGAUUCUGGAAUUAAAUUUGGGAUUGAAAUUCUGAAAAUAAUCGAAAAGAUUUUCCUGUUUCCAGAUGAGUUUGAGCCUCAUGUUCACGUAUAGUUGAAAAAAAAUUCAACCUUUUUCAAUCUAUGUUUUGAGAUUAUGGAGUCAGGUAUUUUCCUGACCUUGAAGUUUGCUUCGUCUGGUCAUUUUAUGCUCGGCCACAAAUGAUUUUGUCAACAAAGACAAACUAAAUAAAUGGAGGAAUGAGCCACAGUAACAGACUAACGCUGAAAAAAACCAACUAAACCAUUACAUUCAAACACAUUUCCAAUUGGUAUAACCAGUCAAAGGUUCAUGUAAUUUCAGCAGGGACACUACUAAAGCAGCCCUUCCCAGUGGGGGCAAACCUCGCCAGUUUGGUAUCUGAGCAGGUGAAAACACCCCGGACGAGAUCCUUCGCAGGUGGCGUUUGGCCCGGGUCUGUGUUACCGCAUUUAGAAUCAAUAUAGCUCUGUGACUCUCAGUCAUUAGCAGUCUGAUCCCACUGAGGACAGGAGUCAGGAUUUCAGUGAAUGAUCAGAGCCAUCAGCAAACCUUCCUCGGUUUACAACGGUCCGUGUUUCUGUGGCAACCGUACACCAGGCUAUCAUUACGGGAUGGAAAAGCCUUGCACAUGAAAGGGAGCCUCUGAUUUUGUCAUUUUCGUGCCUCAUGCAUUUUCCUUUACUUUUCGGAAAUAUAUACUACAUAUAGUAGAGGUACAUAUAUGCAGUGAUGGAAGAAAAAGUACUUACGUCUAUAGUCCAAUAAAAGUAGCAGCAUUAGAGUGAAAAGAUACUCUGCAACAAAAAAGUCCUGCAGUGUUAUUUUUACUUAAGUACGAAGUAUCCGAGAUAGAAGAAAGAAAGAAAGAAAGGUCCGAAAAAAAUGAACGAAGGAAAGAAGUACACAGAAAGGAAAGAAGUAAGGACAGACUGAAAGACAAGAAGCAUCAAAGAUAUUUUAUGAUCUUAUCUCACGAUGAACAGACAAUCUGAAUUUUACAGAUAAAGCUGUCGUAAGUGGCUAAAUACUACGCAGCUGAGAAAAGGUACCAGCAACCCAAAAGUGUACGCAACUACAGUUCUUUAAAUCAAUAUAUACUUUUGCACUUUCCACAUUCGCAUAUAUGUAGGUAUAUGUUUAUAUAUUUACUCAUCUCAGCCAUCCAUCUGCCACCUUUUCAGUUUCGUCCAUCUGCCACACAACGUUUUCCUCCCAGCACUUGUCAAACCGUAGCAGAAACAAAACAGUCGAGGAGCGUUGUGUGGCGCUUGGUUCCAUCUUUCUUCCUCUCUUGACUCAGUAAAUUGCAUGUCCGUGGUUGGGUGAACCUGUAGUCCUGUCUUUUUGGUCAAGUGGAAAAAAAAAAAAAAAAAAAAUUAUUUCUCAGUCUGCAUCCA